GUAACUCUUUACAGGCAACUGCGUGUGGACAUGACAGAAAUUAUUGUCCGGACUUUGCUACUUUGAGUUAGAAAUGGAUGCUAGUGUUAAAAAAAUUCCCAGUAAAAGUGGGAAGCUUUUUGUUGCCGCGAUUGACUUUGGGACCACUUAUUCUGGAUACGCCUUUUCUUUAAAACAUGACUGGACAAAAGUAUUAACAAAUGUGUGGUCAGGGGGAUCUCUUGUUUCUAACAAGGCUCCCACGUCCUUGCUGCUGAAGAACGAUUACUCAGAAGUUUUGUUCGGGUAUGAAGCAGAAGACAGAUAUUCGGAAUUAUCAUCAGAAAACAAGCAUCAAGACUUUUAUUUUUUCCAAAGGUUUAAAAUGAUUCUACAUGAAGAUAUUUCUGUUAGACGACAUAUUUUGUGUGAGGAUAUGAGCGGCAAAACACUUGAGGCUGGUGUCGUCUUUUUGCACUGCAUCAAAUACCUGAAGACAUACCUUCAAGAAGAAAUACAGAAAAGGUUUUUGAAUACAAAAGAGGAGGACAUAGAGUAUGUGUUGACUGUCCCAGCCAUUUGGGGGGACAAAGCAAAGAUGUUUAUGAGGGAAGCUGCAACUAAGGCAGGAAUAAAGAAGGAGGAUUUAACCAUAGCAUUGGAGCCAGAGGCAGCAUCUAUAUACUGUCAAUAUUUACAAAUGGCCCAGCAGGACCCAUCCUCGGAAUCAUUGGGCGUUGUCAAACCGGGUACAAAGUAUAUGGUCGUUGAUCUUGGAGGUGGCACUGCAGAUAUAACAGUGCAUCAGAAAUGCGAAGACAAUACAUUGGAAGAAGUUCUUCCGGCAAGUGGGGGCCCAUGGGGUGGGAAGUCUGUGGAUGAUCAGUUUAUGAAAUUCUUAUCAGAAUUAAUGGGUGAAAGUGUUAUGGCUGACUUGAAGAAAAAACAUAUGGAAGAUCAUCUUGAAAUUUUGAGAACUUUUGAAACAAAGAAAAGGACUAUUAAACCUAACAAGGAAGGAGUCACAAAUAUGGUUAUUCCACAUGUACUUUUUGAACUAUGCAAGAAAUAUCACGGUGUUAAAGACUUCAAGGAAGUCAUUGAAAGGAAUGAAUUGCACAGAAAUAAUGUUAAAUUUGGACAGGGAAAGCUUAAAUGGGAAAACAAAUUUUUUAGAGGAUUUUUCAAGAAAACCAUCGAUAGCAUUGUAAAACAUAUGGACGAAUUGUUCCAAGAAGAUGCAAUACAAAAUGUUGACAUCAUUAUUAUGGUUGGAGGCUUUUCUGAGUGUCUGCUCGUUCAGGAUGCCAUCAGAAAGAAUUUUGACAAAAAAAGUAUCAUUGUUCCAGAAGAUGCAGGAUUGGCUGUUGUCAAGGGUGCUGUGUAUUUUGGUCACGUUCCCGACGCCAUCUCGCGAAGGUCAGCACGGUAUACGUACGGAAUCCAGACAUGGCCAGAAUUUAGACCAGGGUUUCAUCUGGAAACUAAGAAGGUUAACGUUCGUGGAUCCUUGCGUUGUCGAGAUGUAUUCUUCAAGGUCAUCACUAAAGGUGAAAAGAUCAUGCCGGGUUACAUGAAAUCCCAGAUCUUUCAAGCUCUGAAUAGCCAGGAAAAGUGUCUUGAGUGUGGCGUAUUCAUAUCUGACCAGAAGAAUCCAACUUACGUUGACGAAGACGGUUGCAGGUUGCUUGGGGUUCUACAAGUUCCAUUAUCGGCUGAUGGCAAGCAGACAACGUGUGAAAUCGAGGAAUCUUUAAUUUUUGGAGAAACUGAGCUCAGAUUUAAAGCAAAGGAUGUUUAUACCGGUGUACAACGUGAGGUCAUUUUUGAUCUCCUUAAAGACUGAUCAGUGAUACCGGGGUAUUAAAUUAUACCCGGUACUUAUACCUAGUGUUUCUUUCUGUGAUAGCAACUUAUAUAUUAUAAUCUAAUUUUUAUAGUCCAUGGAAUUUAUAUGACACAUGGAAGAUUUGUAAAACUGUCAAAUGCUGUAAAAUUGCAAAAAAGUUUAAACAUUUUAUUUAGUCCCAGUAAAACUUCUGUUAUGAUUGUCUAUGAUCACGUGCUAAUUACAGAAUGCCACAUUAUACUCUUACACACAACUGCUGAGAGGAGGGGUCCUUAUGUACAGUUUAUAAUGUAUUUAUUUAUAUAUAUGAAACAUAUGGAGAUAUAAUUUCUUAUUAUUAAA